CAUUUCUGGUGCGAUCAAUUGAUAUAUAAAGGGAGUGAUACAAUUUGCUUGCCAUUAAGAAACAAGUAUUUUUACACAACGAGGUCCAAAUUGUAUCAACCUUUUUUGUUAUUUAUCAUACUAUCACAAAAUGAGUUCCAAAACAGAGCUAGCUACUUACACGCAUGGACACCAUUCAUCUGUUAUCCGAUCUCAUAACUGGAGAACGGCACUCAACUCAGCUGGCUAUCUACUCCCUUAUCUUAAGCCUGACAUGAAGAUUCUCGAUAUUGGAUGUGGAGGUGGCACUAUAACGGUUGAUCUUGCCAAUUAUGUCCCCAGCGGCCAUGUUAUUGGUCUUGAAAGAGCCGGUGACAUUGUUUUGAAACAGGCACGUGCUCUUGCACAGGAAAAGGGUAUCACAAACAUUGAAUUUGUUGAGGGUGAUGCAAAUGGACUGGCGUAUGCAGAUGGUAGCUUUGACGUUGUGCUUUGCCAUCAGGUUCUACAGCAUGUUGGUAAUCCAGUUGGCAUUCUGAAGGAAAUGAAACGUGUAACUAAGUCCGGCGGGCUUGUGGCUGCUCGUGAAGCUGACUACGGAGCGUGGUUAUGGUACCCAGAUGUCGAAGGAUUAAAGGGUUGGCAGUCUCUGUAUGACAAGGUUGCUCGACACAACGGGGGCGAGCCAGAUGCUGGUCGCGUGCUACAUGUGUGGGCCAAACAGGCUGGGUUUACCAAUAUCAAAUGUUCUUCGAGUAACUGGUGCUAUAGUCAGAAAGAUGAGGUGAAAUGGUGGGCCGACGCGUGGACCGAGCGGUCGGUGGCAUCGUCAUUCGCUACAACUGCCAUUGACGCAAAGCUGGCUACUAGUGAUGAUCUCAAGGAAGUAUCUAACGCCUGGAAAAUAUGGGGUGAGCAUGAGGAUGCAUGGAUUUCUAUUCUCAGUGCAGAGGUUAUCUGCAGAAAGGAGUAGUUUACGAACUUGGUAACCACCCGAGAAAUCAAUUGAUAUGUCGCAGACGACUCAUUGUAGUACGGGGCUCGUUUCUGUAGCCCCUCUUAGGAGAUAUUAGUGUUUUCUUAAUGUGCAUUUACUAAUAUUUAGUAGGUUAAUUCUAU